AUGUCAACCGAACCAGCGCCCCCAGAGGAUGAAUCCUCGGGAAACUCCAACACUCAGACCAUUUUCAUUUCUUCAAAUUCCAGAGCGGUCACGAAGCUCUGCGGUGUCUGCUCUAAAAUCCCGUCCUGGUUCUGGAGCCGGGAACUUGAGAAAGACGAGGAGAUUUCUGUCGAGCUACAGCCAUUCAAGGACAUACAAACUGAAGCAAAAAAUGGCUGUGGUUUAUGCAAACUUUUGUGCUCCGGGGAAUACUAUAAUGGAUGGCACGUCGUUGCAACAAAAACCCUCUUAGAGUUAGGAACAGGCAAACUGUUGAAGAAGCGUACAGCUAUGUUACUUGUCGACUACCGGAUUUGUGGCCAGUUCAACGAAACUGAAGCCUCGCUAGGUGGAUUUAUUCCAAUUCCAUCUCCAUGGCUCCGCUCUGCUUCGGACCAGAUUCAAAAAGGAGGAUCCGCGCUCCAAUACAUUACUCUGAGUCACUGCUGGGGACCGCCAGAGAAACGUCCUAUUACCACGACACGGGCAAAUCUCUCUGUCAGAACGGAGAGAAUUUCCUUUGCUGAACUUCCUGAAACAUUUCAAGAUGCCGUUGUUCUAACAAGAAAGUUGGGACAACGGUAUCUUUGGAUUGAUUCUCUGUGCAUCAUCCAAGACGAUGAGAAUGAUUGGGCCCAGGAAGCUUCAACGAUGGUGGAUGUAUAUACGCAGUCUUACUGCACGCUCGCCGCUCUCAGCUCUGGGGAUAGUACAGCGGGGCUAUGCAAGAAGGAUCAAACGAACCCAGACAUGUUAAUCGAUAUCAGCGUGGAUGAUGGCCAUAACGAGCCGUUUAAUGGACGUCUUGUAUCCAAGCCGAACGUUUGGGACUCCGAAUAUGACGGCUGGUGGAUUUCGGAGCCAAUAGGCACAGAGUGUAGGCCGACAAAUCCCCUCCGAUACCGUGCGUGGGCACUUCAGGAGAAAGAACUCUCUACUAGAGUCGUUCACUUUGGCUUUCGCCAGUUGUUAUGGGAGUGCUGCGAGCUGAAAGCAACUGCUCAACUGCCCUGGUAUCAUGGGGUGCGCAACCGCACCAGAAGACGCCCCCAAGGCUCCAUCCUACCUCUACCUCUAUCCGUUAGGAUGAGUGCUAGGUGGCUGAAAAUAUGCGAGGACUAUUCUAGCCGAUCCCUGACUAAGGAGACCGACAAGCUGAUUGCUCUUUCCGGCAUUGCGCGAUCUUUCCAGGAACACUUUCCCAACGACAAGUACAUGGCCGGAAUGUGGAGCUCCCAUCUGCCGCUAGCAUUGCUUUGGAAACAAUGUGAUCUUGUCAGAGACAGAGACACCACAGAAUAUAUCGCGCCCAGUUGGUCCUGGACUUAUCUGGCUACUGCAAUAUCGUAUCAAGGGAUUGACGUUCAAGAACUGACUAGAAAGAUGAACAGAAAUAAACCAGACAAAUGGAAGUGGUUGGACGAACUAGAGGUGGUGGGUUUCAAAGGACAGCCCAAGCACGGCGAUGAGUAUGGUGCUCUAAAGGAAGGUGCGACUUUGGAGCUAAAGGGUGCUCUUCUUUUUGAAGUAGACGCCGGUGAAAAGCGUGAUGAUUUGGUUCUUUUCAAGCAUGGCGUCAAAGUUGGAUUAUUUGAACCAGAUACCGUCUAUGGUCCAGUUGAGGGAGAACUGUUAUGCCUAGGCAUUUCCUACCAUGAGUGGAGUUCAACCGUCAUAGGUCUUGUUCUUAGGGAACACAUUCACGAUGGGAACCCGGUAUAUAGCAGGGUAGGAUAUGUGGAUAGACUAGAUCCUUCAUUGUGGGAUGGUUCAGAACGGCGCCAGAUAACUCUGAUCUGA